AUGUCGAAUGAUAACGACGCACCAUUGCCCGAAGGAUGGGAGAUGAGAACCAGCCGUUCAACGGGCAUGACGUACUUUCUAAAUAUGUAUACUAAGAAAUCUCAGUGGGAGCGUCCCGAGGCCCCAGCUGACCCUGGUGAUGUACGAUGCAGCCACAUUCUUGUUAAACACGCUGAGAGCAGACGACCAUCAUCUUGGCGUGAAGAAACUAUAACGCGAACUAAAGAAGAAGCUCUGGAUCUACUCAAAAGUUACCGUAAACAAAUUGUUUCGAACGAUGCAUCGUUCACCGAUAUCGCUAUGAAGUAUUCUGAUUGUUCAUCGGCUAAACGUGGAGGUGAUUUGGGAAUGUUUGGUCGGGGUCAAAUGCAGCAAGCGUUUGAAGAAGAAGCCUUCAAAUUGAAAGUCGGACAGCUAAGCAAGCCGAUAGAGACGGAAUCCGGUUACCAUAUAAUAUUAAGGACGGUUUAA